AUGGCGGACGAACUGGACUACUUGCAGUCCGAUUUCGACCUAAAUUCGCUUACCGUUCCCCGGCUUCGCUCUAUCCUUGUCAACCACGAUGUCCCAUAUCCUGCGUCUGCGAAGAAGGCCCAAUUGGUAAAAAUUUUGGAAGAGGAGGUGCUUCCACAGGCCAGAAAACUCUUACGGGAGCGCGAAAGAGUGAGAAGAACCAGCGCAGGGAUUACAGACAUGGGCAGUCGGGCUUCAUCUGUCGUCAGUGAUCAAGACGACCGCGCAUCCAUGCCCCCGCCUCCAACUCCAUCGACAGUCGCUUCGACUACGGGCACCAGACGAGGCGCGUCGCGACGAAGUGCACGCGCAUCAACUGUAGAAACGGACGACAACGCUGCCCCCGCUACUCCCUUAGCUAAACCAAAGAGAAAAAGCGCGACGCCUUCAGUAAAGAAACAUCCUCGAGCUUCGGAUACAGAGACUGGCGAUGAUUUAAUGGCGACCCCGGUUGCUGCUGUUGGUGCAUCAAGUCGAAAAUCUACAUCACGGAAGAUACGUCGAAGUGAAGUUCUUCCCUCCACAGAGACCGAAGAGUUCGCCCCAUCGGUCAAGUCCGAACCAAGGGAGGAUGAGAAUGUCUUCUCGGAUGAUAACCCUUUCCAAAGCGGUAGCCCUUCUGAUAUCUUACGGAGCAGAACAUCAAGUCACGAUGGAAAACGAAAGAGUGGAUCACGUCUAUCAGCCGAAAGCCCAGCAUUAAGGAGUGGACUGCGGUCACGAAAAUCGGCUACACCAGGCAGCGUGAAACAAGAAGAUGGAAUUGCUGCCCCUGCAAGAGCAUCAUUCGACUUCACCUCUCGAUUGCGACCUACAAAGGAGGAGUCCGAAGAGUCGGCAGAAGAAUCAGAGCAGGAAGAAAGUGAUUUUAGCGCUGGGGAAGAAUUUACGCCUGAGGAACAACUUGCGCUUGAAACUGAGCAGUACGCGCCGCUUACCCAUACCCGUAAGCGCUCUCGAAAGCAAGGUUCUGCAAGCGUCAUAGCUUCAUGGCUAGUCAUUCUCGCCGUCCUUGGGGGGUUUGGCGCCUGGUGGCGCAAAGAGAAAGUAGAGAUUGGAUACUGUGGUCUUGGAAAACCCACUUGGUCCUUGGCUGAGACUAAUGUUCCUGAAUGGGCCAAUGUUUUGGAGCCGCGCUGCGAGCCAUGCCCACCCCAUGCGUUCUGUUAUCCGGAAUUUGAAGCUCGCUGUGAACAUGACUUCAUUCUUAAGGCCCAUCCCCUCUCUUUGGGUGGCCUAGUACCUCUGCCUCCAACAUGUGAGCCCGACAGUGAGAAAGCACGCCGCGUUAAGGCUGUUGCGGACAAGGCUGUGGAGGAACUUCGAGACCGCAGAGCCAAAUGGGAAUGCGGGCAGCUGAAGGAAGAGGGCAAGGAACCAUCUCCUGAAAUUAGCGAGCCAGAUCUGAAGGAGGAGGUUGCUAAGAAGCGUCGCAAGGGUCUUAGCGACAAUGAAUUCGAUGACCUUUGGAAAGGAGCCAUCGGAGAGAUUAUUGAAAAGGACGAAGUUGUGAGCAACACUAAGCAACCUUCCGCCGUCCUCGUCCUCACAUCAACAUCAACAGCACGACUGCCCUUCACAUGCGCCGCCCGCCGUUACAUCCGACUCGCUCUCAUCGCGUAUCGACUCCCUCUUUCACUUUUAAUCUUGAGUGUCGUUGGUCUUGCAUAUGGUCGUGCUCGAGUUCGUGCCCGUCGAUCGGACGUGGCCCGUGUACCUGAACUAGUUGCUACAACCCUCGACCGCCUAGCCACGCAAGCUGCGCUCCACGCCCGUGGUGGUGCUAUAAAGCCAUAUAUCUCUAUUGGUCAGCUCCGCGACGACGUGCUCCGCUUUGAACUACAGGGCAAGCGACGUGAAGAGUUGUGGAGCCGAGUCCGCCGCGUUGUCGAGGGCAAUACCAAUGUGCGAGCUGCUGUUCGUGAAGGCGACAGUGGAGACGUCUCUCGAUGCUGGGAAUGGAUUGGUGGCAUUGGAAGUGUCGGGGGCAGCAGCGGUAAUGCAGGCGAACCAGAAAGCAACGCCCGCCGCAACAGCAGCCGACUUUCCUUAUCUUCCCCCUUGAGCAAUCCCGAUGACGAUCGUCACAUGGCUGCCAGUGGUGGCAAAGACGAAUCCACUACAAGUCCCAGACAGUCGCGUCGUUGGGAUGAAGGCCGUCCAAUCUAUUGA